AUGAUUAGAUUAUCGCAUAAAUUAAAUAUCGUUCGAAAUUUAGUUAGAUCCAACCAAAUGCGCCCCUUUGGCGAAGCAUUUAUCAAAAUGAAUGGUGAUGCUAUGACGUCAGCUGGCGUCAUAAAAUGCAAUGACAAAAAUGCGAUUUACCAGGCUGCUAACCUGCUCGAAUCGGGCCAGGUCAUUGCUCUACCUACGGACACUGUUUAUGGAUUGGCUUGCAGUGCUAAUGAUCCACAGGCUAUCCAAAGGCUCUACGCCAUUAAAGGUCGAGAGGAGACCAAACCUGUUGCUAUUUGUGUAGCUGGAUUUCAGGAUCUGCGCCACUGGGGAAACGCGGAUCAUAUUCCAGAUGAACUGCUCAAGCAACUGUUACCGGGAGCAGUUACGAUUGUAGUUAAUAAGUCUGCCAAUUUGGAUAAUCCUUUCCUGAAUCCGGGUGUCCCCAAAAUCGGUAUUCGAAUUCCGGACUUUGAUUUUAUCCGCGAGGUUUCAAGGGUUUUUAGAUUCCCAAUUGCACUAACCAGUGCUAAUCGGAGUUCUGAAAAAAGUACGCUGAAUGUGGAAGAGUUUAAGAAGCUUUGGUCAGCAUUAGGAGCGGUUUUUGAUGGAGGUCAGUUGGGAUUGUCUGAGGAGCAGCGGGCCGCCUCAACUGUAAUUGACCUUUCACAGAAAGGAUACUAUAAGGUGAUACGUGAAGGUAUAGCCGGACAGCGCACGGUUCAGGUGGUACAAAAAUUUGGUUUUGUAGAUAAGGUUUAAAUAUUCAUUUUAUAUACUAUUGCGAAUUAAACGUUUAGUAAAUAAUUUA